CAAGUAACACUAAAACAAGGUAGGGCAGUCUUAAUUGAAGUGAAGUCACAUGAACCUCCUCACUCUUGUCUCCUACUUACUCACUCACCCAAUCUCCCAUCUACCACUGUCAUUCUUUAACCCCUCCAAUUCUUCCACGCGCCACCGUCCUCUUUAACAAACCAAAGCAGCGCGUGUCUUUCAACUUCCAUAACAGAAACCCAAAACAAGAAACAUAACAACCUAAAAACUUGCUUCAACCUUUCCAAAUUUAGUACACUUCCCUUCCCCUUUGGAUCGCACCAAAAAAAAACCAAAAAAAAAAUUUGAAAAAAAAAAACACCAAAGAUCUCUCUCUUUCUCUCACUUUGUUCAUAGCUUUGGAUAUUUGCUUCAUUCUUCAUAUUUUUGGUUUCUAUAUGUCUCGUGCACCAAACUAUGAAUUUCAGGAAUGGUGGAAUAAACAAAGAGAAAAGGAAAAUCUCGAUCUCUUCGAAGAGAAAAUUGAACAGUCGUCUUCUCCUUUUAUCGCCGUAGAUGUCGCCGGAAACGGCGGCGGUGGAGGAAGCAGCAACGUCCGUUCGAAUCCGUCGGUGAAAAAGGAACGUACACGGAGUGCGCGACAGUUAUCAUGGGUUUGUUUAUUGAAAUUCCAACAAAUCGCCGCAACCGUUGGAUUCUUAUCCAAUGGUUUACUCUACCUUGUAAGAACGGCGAACCGUCGAAUCAUUUCGCGUGAUUCGCCAGCUGAUUCGUCUUCUUCGAGGCUUUAUAGAGCGAUCAGGGUGUUUUUGAUUGUUGUGAUUGCUUUGUUAGGGUUUGAGUUGGUUGCUUAUUUUAAAGGCUGGCAUUUCCGGCCGCCGUCGGUGGGGUCGGCCGAUGUGUUGGGAUUGGUUGGGGAGUUUUACGCGCGGUGGAUUGAUAUUCGGGCGAAUUAUUUGGCGCCGCCGUUGCAGAGUUUGACGAAUAUGUGCAUUGUUUUGUUCAUUGUGCAGUCGGUGGAUAGGAUUGUUUUGAUCUUGGGGUGUUUUUGGAUCAAGUUUAGGAGGAUUAGGCCUGUUGCUUCUGUGGAUUAUGAUGGGAAUGUUGAGAGUGUUGAGGAUUAUCCUAUGGUUUUGGUUCAGAUUCCUAUGUGCAAUGAGAGGGAGGUUUACCAUCAAUCCAUUGCAGCAGUUAGUAUCCUCGAUUGGCCAAAGGAGAGAAUGCUUGUACAAGUUCUUGAUGAUUCUGAUGAAGCAGAUAUUCAACAGCUCAUCAAGGCAGAAGUGCAUAAAUGGCAACAAAGGGGUGUUCGGAUUAUAUACCGACAUAGGCUUAUACGUACAGGAUACAAGGCAGGGAAUCUUAAAUCUGCAAUGGGUUGUGAUUAUGUCAAGGAUUAUGAGUAUGUGGCAAUAUUUGAUGCUGAUUUCCAGCCAACGCCAGAUUUCUUAAAGAAGACAAUACCUUAUUUCAAGGGAAAGGAUGAUUUGGCAUUAGUCCAGGCAAGAUGGUCAUUUGUAAACAAGGAUGAGAACUUGCUUACAAGAUUACAAAAUAUUAAUUUAUCUUUCCACUUUGAGGUUGAACAGCAAGUGAACGGCAUCUUCCUUAACUUCUUUGGUUUCAAUGGAACUGCUGGUGUCUGGAGAAUAAAAGCCCUUGAGGAGAGUGGUGGCUGGUUAGAGCGAACAACUGUUGAGGACAUGGACAUCGCUGUUCGUGCUCAUCUCUGUGGAUGGAAGUUUAUAUUUCUCAAUGAUGUUAAGUGCCUCUGUGAGCUUCCAGAGACAUAUGAGGCGUAUAAAAAACAACAGCACCGCUGGCAUUCUGGCCCAAUGCAAUUGUUUCGAUUGUGUUUUGUUGAUGUACUUCGUUCAAAGGUUAGUUGGGCAAAGAAGGCCAAUUUGAUAUUUCUUUUCUUCCUCCUGAGGAAGCUUAUUCUGCCAUUUUAUUCGUUCACCCUCUUCUGCAUCAUUCUUCCAUUGACCAUGUUCCUUCCAGAAGCUGAGCUCCCAGCCUGGGUUGUUUGUUACAUUCCUGGAGUAAUGUCUAUCCUAGGUGUUCUUCCAGCGCCGCGAUCAUUUCCAUUUAUAGUGCCUUAUCUUCUAUUUGAGAACACUAUGUCAGUAACUAAAUUUAAUGCCAUGAUAUCUGGAUUAUUUCGCUUCGGAAGUUCUUACGAGUGGGUGGUAACAAAAAAAUUGGGUAGAUCAUCAGAGACAGAUUUGGUUGCCUACGAAAAGGAAUCUGAACCUCUAAUGCGAUCCAAUAGUCUUCAUAGAUCUUCCUCAGAUUCAGGCAUUGAAGAACUAAGCAAACUAGAACUGUCAAAGUUAGCUCCAAAGACCAAGAAAAAUCGUCUCUACAGAAAAGAACUUGCUCUUGCAUUUAUUUUGUUAACUGCCUCGGUUAGAAGCUUAUUAUCUGCUCAAGGAAUUCACUUCUACUUCCUAUUAUUUCAAGGGAUAAGUUUUCUAGUUGUUGGUCUUGAUUUAAUUGGAGAGCAGGUUAGUUGAGCUCCAGCUUUUAGUGGAUGCAAAACCUCCUCUCAGAUCCUUAUUGAUUCAAAUAUAAAAUGUCACAUUGGGCAAAACCUUAACUUAUCACAGAACAUAUUGAUUUGAGCCUCUGAGCUGUUCAGUGGUUUUGGGCUCCCAAUUUAAAUCAAAUCAAGUUCUGCUUGGCACCAAACUUGCAGUUCUGUUUGUUGUUUGGUUUAAAGAUCACUACUGCCUUCAUUGUUGUUGCCAAGUUAAGCAAAAGUUGUUUCAGUUCUGAAUGGCAAAAUGUGUUAUGACACUUGGAGAAAAGGGGUUGACAUUUGUGACCUUUAUUACCAAUAUAUAAAGUUGCUUGCCUGCCUGAAUUGAAAAGGUCGAAACUGUUAUAUUAUUACAUCAUUUGUUAUUCUUUUUCAAUAUUGACAAGGACAAACUGUACAAUCACAUAAGUUACAUUGUGUUGUUGCUUAAAUUGUAUUUGUUAUUAUCAAGAAACUGAGAUUUCUGGUACAACCCGUAGCAUAUGUUUUCA